AUGAAACCAGCAAAGUCCUCACAGCCUGGUAUGCCAGCUCGGGGUCGAUCUUCACGUACCGCUGAAGGUGAUGGUUCAACCGCGUCCCCAGCGAAAUCGAACCAGGGUGCAGGGGAAGGAGAGACUUCAUUGGGGAACAGAAGUACCCAGGCGUCAACGGUCGCAACUUCCCCUCUUGUCCACCAUCAGGUCACUCAAGUGCUUGCACGGGAAUCUUCUGGAGGUAUUGAGGCUAUGCGACGUAGGAUGAGUGCCGCCCUUGCCCAGAAACAGCAGAUGCGCGCCGCAGCCUCCAGUUCUUCUCCUGAUGUCGCCAAACAGUCUGAUCUUCCCGACCCACCGCCUCCCCUUGUACAUACCGAAUCGAGUUCAGAUGAAUCUGUCAACACAGGCACGCUUUCCACCGAUUCAGCCCGCACGAUCAGAGCGGCCUUCGACACCACUCCGGGCACUGUGCGGACCCCGUCUUACCCUUUCCCACGCAUGGCUCUUAGACUCAAUCGAGGUCUCAGUCAUCGCUCAGGUCCAUCACAUAAGCCUUUCACUCUUCUAUCGCCUACCAGCGAGCCUCCUCCGAACCCUGAUGCGCCGCCACCUCCGCCGUCGCAACCUCAGCGACAGACGUCCUCUUCCGACCUCAGUACUCCACUCGGCCAAACCAUGAGCCCCGGCUUUCCUGAAGACCCCAAUUUCCCAGCGCCUGAUCUGUACGACCUUGUCCUCAUGCUCAACGCAGAGCCAGGUCUGGAUAUGUGGUGGGUCAACGUGACCGAAAUACUUUCAGAAGCAUAUGGUGCCGAGCGGGCAUCUCUUGCUAUUCCCGGCGACAUCACCGACCUCGAGAAUGUCCCCUGGGGCCAAAAGGCUACUUUCAAUAUCUAUGGGAGUGAGGGCGUGCCUCCAUCUCAACUUGGGUCGCUGACCGCUUCGGACGUCGACACCAGUUCUGUGGGCAGACGGCCGGACCCCUCAAGCAGGAUGCCCAGUGACAUGAGUACAUUGUCCUCCCGUCGACCGCCUCUCUUGUCAAGACAUUCCAUCGCGGGUCCUAUGCCAGACCUUUCUAACAGAGCAUCCCGUCAGAGACCUGCAGGCCCGGUUCGUGCUUAUAGUGCUGCCGUCAAAGAGGCGGAAGAACAGGCUUCAAUGCUGGGUUCAGGUCUUCUGCCUAGGCUGACCAAACCGUCCUCCUCUGCUCGAUCUGUAUCUGUAGCAGAAUCCGAUCCAUUGGGACUCAAAGGAACGUACAACUCUUCCGGUUCAGCGUCAUCAACUCUCAGGUGCCAUGUGCAUCGUUCAAUUCAGCCGCUCGAGGCAGAACCUGAUCCUUUGAUGAUUCGAACUGGGGUUGCAUCCCUAUUUGGUAAAAGAAAACCAGUCAUUCUGACAAGAGCAUACUCAGAGGAUGCCCCGCGGCGAUCACCCAUGCCGAAAGGUUGGGAAGAUGAUCGGAACACACCUACAACGCCCUCUGCGGCAAAUGCAGAGGAUCGCAGUACCAGUCGUUCCGAAGAACCACAACAGUCUUUCAAUGUCAUUCGCGCUUUCGAUGAAUACGAGCAGCCGGAGCCUUCCCCUUGGUCUCAAAGUCCUUCACCAUCACCUGCGGCACGGCCUGAUCCGGAGGAAUCACCCUUUUUCGUUCAACCCACAGCAUCAAUUGACGAAACUGCCUUCGAACAAAACCCGCCUGCGUAUGAUUAUGCGACUACGGCCAACCAGUCAUUGAACGCAAUUGGCGCCGACAUGUCGAAGACGUUGAUACACAUACCCUUGAUACAGCCCAUUCUGGCCCGAGGUACAAUGGCGUCCAACUUGCGCUUUCCCAUUGCCAUCCUGUCGUUCCUGUCGCCUUUAGCGCCAUAUCCUCUCAGCUUGCGCCAAUCGCUGGAAGCACUGUUGCCACAUCUAGCAAGCUCAUAUUCUCUUGCACAACAGUAUAGCGCACUUCAGGAUCGCCUCAGGGGAGGGCCUGGAAGCCGCCAUGGUGGUGCUUUUGGACUGGGCGGCACAUUCUCUGAUGAAGGUUCCGAACUAGAACUGGUCGCAGAACUGAGUGAGCAAGUAGCGCAUGAUAAGGAUAAACCGAGGGGUUGGAACCUCCAAGAAGCCCAGAGUCCCGCAGGGUUCAGCUCCUCUAGUUCUGUAUCGAGUACGCCUCAGAUGGACCAACUUGGGCUUAGUCCCGGUCUUCCACCCACACCAGGAAGGUCAGGUUCGGACAUGAUUGACAGCUACUUCUCCGCGCGGAGGCGUGCUGGACAACAGCCUCUCACUCCGGGUCCGCGGGCAAGCAAAGAUGACACUGACCAUGCAAAACGGUCGUCCGACAAAUCUUCCUCCGGCUCCAAGACAACUGCGAAAAAGGCGAGCGUCAGCAAACCAAAGCCCGAAAUGCAAAGCCCCGUCAUUCUGCGAACAGGAAGUACUGCUUCCGGUACCGAAGUGGUCACGCACCUCUAUGACAGGCUUGACUCGGUAUCUCGGCGUCAGACACAGCGACGGGAGAGUCAGGCCUUGGAGGAGGGCGAAAGACCACUGCCCGAGCUGAUAUCGUCUCUGAUGCUCAACGCAGUGCCUCUUCAGUUGUUUCUAGCCAAGCCCACGACGGGAGAUCUGGUUUGGACGAACCGCAAAUUCGACGCUUUCAGGAGUCAAGGAGAAGGCCGUGUACGAGACCCAUGGAAGAAUGUUCACACAGCAGACAGAACCGGCUUGGUGAAAUUGUGGAAUGAGGCCUUACGGACUGGAAGUCAAUUUACUCACUAUAUCCGAGUCAAGCGAUUCAACAGCGACAACGACUUCCGUUGGUUCGUAUUUCGGGCAAGUACGUUGCUCAGCAGUAACGGUCAGCUUUUGUACUGGAUUGGGUCAUUCCUUGAUGUGCACGAGCAAUACAUCAAGAAUCUCGAAGCGAGUGAGAAGGACGCAAUCAUGGCUCGGGAGACAAAGAUCCGUGCUUUGGCAGAUGCCAUUCCUCAGGUCCUCUUUGAAGCUAUUGAGGGAGACGGCAUCGUGGCGGUCAACCAACAAUGGCACUCAUAUUCGGGGCAGACUUUGGACGAAGCUCGUGGCUUAGGCUUUGCAAAGCAUGUCCAUCGUGAUGAUCUCCACAAGUGCGGCAUCCUGUCACCAUCAGAUGUUGCUGCAAUUGCACGGUAUUCUGCGGCGACGAGUCGGACGGAUUCAUCGAGCGAUUCGAACAAGACAACAGGACCCUCCUUGCCCGCACAAAAGAACCUCUUCUCUCCUGAUCUUUCCUCGCUCGAUCGCAUGAUCAAAUCGGGAUCUGUCACAGUCGAGAAGGAUGAAAACGGUCGAUUGUCGUACCUCACCGAGAUUCGUCUUAGAUCUAAAGGUGGGGAGUACCGUUGGUUCCUUGUUCGAUUGGUGCGAGUAGAUACAGGCUUGUGGCAAAGUCAGAGUGGGCGCGCAUCUUGGUAUGGCACAUGCACGGAUAUCGAGACACGGAAAGCACUCGAGAGGAAAUUAAACGAGGCCAACGAAAAGGUGCAUUCAGAAAUGGAGUCCAAGACGAAAUUCUUUGCAAACAUGUCUCACGAGAUCCGGACACCACUAAACGGCAUCCUGGGCAGCAUGCCGUGGUUGGUUGACUCGGCUCUGGACCAUGAUCAGAGACGUACGGUGGACACCGUCCAAAACAGUGCCAAUAACCUAAGAGAACUUGUCGACAAUAUUCUAGACGUUACCAAGGUUGAGGCGGGUAAGAUGACGCUACUGCCCAAAUGGUUUCACGUGCGCAACCUAUGCGAGGAGGUGGUGGAUACUGUCUCUUCACGAGCGAUCGAACGUGGCCUCGAGCUCAAUUAUUCUUUGGAAGGCAAUGUUCCCACUAUGGUGAAGGGAGAUGCCUUCAGGGUUCGACAAGUUCUACUCAACCUGCUCGGGAACGCGGUGAAGUUUACUGAGCAGGGCGAGGUGUAUAUGCGAUGUGCACUUCGACGAGACAGUCCUGUCAUGAGUCCGUCCGGGAACAGCACCAGUCGUACCCUGCUUUCCUUCGACGUCGUCGAUACUGGACGUGGAUUCAAUGAGAAUGAAUAUCAACGAUUGUUCAAGCAAUUCGGGCAGAUUGGAGGCGGCACCGCGCACGAAGCAGGCUCAGGCUUGGGAUUAUUCCUUUCGAAACAACUGGUGGAGAUGCAUGGUGGGGAGCUUUCUGUCAAGAGUCAAGCAGGGGAAGGCUCGACGUUCAGUUUCUACAUCAGAGUCGAAGUUGAGCCGCCCGGUACCGACGUUACUUCGCCUCCGGUCACCCUACGGCCAGGGCAGAACAGACGGGCCCCUUCAUUGAGUGGAAGCCCAUGGUCGCGUUCGGACAGCAAGACGCCUACCAUGGCGUCCACGAGAGGCCCAUCGCAGUCAGAAGGAAUUAUUCAGACUCCAGGACUCUCGCGAUACGUCAGUUCUCCCGAACAUGCCUCGCCCGCCGUAUCUUCGCCAGUCGGAUCUACACCGCCAGUCGUCUCCCCGCCAGUCAUUCCGUCUGAAAGCUCUGGAAUCUCUCCUUCUGUGCGGUCAAACUCCGGAAAUGUCAUGCCUGCUUCGUCCGUAUCUUCGUUGAUUCCGACUCCGGAGUCCGGACCAUCACGGGAGCCUGUCGUUCUCCCGAGUGAACGACAGGCAUACUCAGACAAGGUAAUAUCCGCUCAGCCGAUCUUUCGACGUGCGAAAAGUGGCGACGAUGCCAGUGCGAUUGUCCCGGAGAUGGCACAUCCUCAGACAUAUUCCAUCAUUAUUAUCUGUCCUGCCGAACAUGCGCGAAAGGCCAUUAAGCAGCACAUUGAGCACGUUGUUCCACAUCAGAUCGCUGCCAACGUGACUACGAUCCCGAACAUCGGAUCCUUUUUGGAUCUCAUGAAUGGACCCACAUCACCAACUUUCACGCACAUCGUUUUGGAUAUCCCCGCGACCUCUGAUAUCAUGCUUUUCAUGCGCCAGAUGGCCACGUUCACUGCACCAGUGAUCCCAUCUUUGGUGGUGGUAACAGAUCACUACCAGAAGAGAGACAUACUAGAAGAUUUUACCAUGUUGACCGCCACUGGCCGCAAAGCCUACCUGAUCCACAAGCCGGUCAAGCCUUCAGUCUUUGCCAUGAUUUUCGAUCCAGCUCAACUACGAAAUCUUAGCAAAGAUCGAGCACGAGAGGUCGCUCAAUCCAGCUCCGACGAUUUCCAGUACAUAGUGAAGCUGGUCAAAGAAACGGUUGGUGACAAAGACAAGCGCGUCUUGCUCGUCGAAGAUAGCGAUGUGAAUCGGAUGGUGAUCCAGCGGUAUCUUAAAAAGGUAGCACUGAGCAAUGACAGCGCCAAAAACGGUCAGGAAUGUGUCGAUAUGGUCACAGACAAAGGGCGUGGGUAUUAUUCCCUGAUCAUUUGCGAUAUUCAAAUGCCGAUCAAGAAUGGGUAUGAGGCGUGCCGGGAGAUUCGAGAAUGGGAGAAAAGCCACGGAUACUCACCAUCGCCAAUCAUGGCACUUACGGCCAACGCCAUGCCCGAAGAACGAGCCGCAGCAGCCAAUGCUGGAUUUACCGACUAUCUCACAAAGCCUGUGGAUUUCAACGUGCUGGGGACCAUGAUGAUGACGCUACUGGACCCGACCGUGCCACACGUGUUUCUUCGUGAUAGGCCUCUUGAGGGUUGA